CCACGCCGUCUCAACCAUGUCAGUCUCGAGCAAGAGGCCGAGAUGGAAUGAGUGAUCGAGGGCGAGCGAGGAGAGAAGGAGGAUCAGAUGAGGCCGACCGAGUCCGUGACCUGUUUUGCACUGUUUGUUUUGGGGGCACGGCCACAUGAGGUCAUCGCGGCCGAUAUGGAGAAUGGAGAUAAAGUUGGCGACUCCCCGUUGGCAACAACUUCACCACUGCUCGGUUUCACGCGCCAGUCAACGUGCAGCUCGUGUCGCGGAGGUCCUUACUGUGCCUGCAGACGACGAAUUGCCCACCCGGUUGUCCCGGUCCUCCUCACGGCUGUCCCGUCGACUCUCUUCGCCCCCCCCUCCCCCAGCCAACCGCAGACUCGCAGCACCGCUGUAUGAAGGGAAGAGAAGCGCUCCUACCACAGGAGUGGAGGCCUUAUAAUCGAUGACUGGCACACGGGCUGAUGGUGCCUCGGAGUCUUUGUCUAGGAGAAGGCCCAAUUUCUCCGCGCGAACGGCCGAAGAAGACGUCUCCAGAUUGGCUCCCAGCGACUCUGCCCAUGCAUCUCCCCAGGAAGGAAACAAGUUCUCGAACUGGAGGGCUGCUUUCUCAUUCAGUCCGCAUGAACAGCCGAACUCGUCCCGUCAUUCUCCCGACAGCAAGCGUCACUCGCUGCCCUCGAACCUCCUAAACAAUGUUUCGCGCUGGUGGGAUGGACAUGGCGAGGAUGGGAGGCACGAGCUCCCAAGGGAGAGAAUCCCUCCUCUUUCAGCAGGACCAUUCCGAGAAUCUGCACUAGCUCAGAAAGAGAGAGACCAGAAGGAUCGCGCCUCUGAGAAUUUGAACAAGCUUGGAACGUUCUCUGGUGUCUUUGUGCCAACCACCUUGAACGUUCUUAGCAUCCUCAUGUUCCUUCGCUUUGGGUUUAUUCUCGGACAGGCCGGUCUGCUAGGCAUGCUAGGUCUCCUGGUCAUCUCGUACACGAUCAAUCUGGUAACCACUAUGUCUCUUUCCGCCAUCGCAACAAAUGGAACGGUACGGGGCGGGGGUGCCUACUAUUUGAUAUCCCGAUCGCUAGGUGCAGAAUUCGGCGGCUCUAUCGGGAUCGUGUUCUAUCUGGGCUACGUGUUGAAUACUGGUAUGAACGCCGUCGGUCUUGUUGACUGCUUCUCGCAGAAUUUCGGGACCGAGUCUGGUACUUGGGCCAAUUUUCUGGAAGAAGGCUUCUGGUGGCAAUACCUCUGGGGAACUGUCAUCCUGCUUCUGUGCACUGGGAUAUGCUUGGCGGGAAGCUCUAUAUUUUCUAGAGCCAGCAACGGACUGCUGGUUAUAUUACUCGUCGCGACUUUCAGCAUACCAAUAUCUGCGAUUUUUAUGAAGCCAUUCAGUAUCCCUAAGAUUGGGGUAGAAUUCACGGGAUUUCGGCUUCAAACGUUGCUGGAAAAUCUUAAACCAAAGCUCACGAAGGGUGCUGCUGGCAGCCAAAUUCAAGGACGGGAGAAUUUUCAGGAUCUGUUUGGGAUUCUAUUUCCUGCCACAGGUGGAAUAUUUGCUGGCGCCAGCAUGUCCGGUGACUUGAAGAACCCCAGCCAGUCGAUUCCCAAGGGGACGCUAUAUGGGUUGGUUCUGACGUUUAUCACUUAUACCCUCGUGAUUGUUGCCAUGGCUGCUUCGAUAACUCGGGACUCAUUCUACAAAAAUGCCAAUGUCGUUCAAGUUGCCAAUCUCUCUGGAGUUGUCAUCCUCAUGGGAGAGUUUGCAACCAGUUUCUUCUCUGCAUUGAUGGGUGUUAUUGGCUCUGCCAAGCUACUCCAGGCGAUUGCGCGAGACAGUUUGCUUCCUGGCCUGAGUUUCUUCGCCAAAGGCACGAAGAAGAAUGAUGAGCCAGUCAACGCAAUCAUCGUCACAUAUGUGGUGGCACAGCUCACAAUGUUGUUUGACAUCAAUCAGAUUGCUUCCUUUGUCACUAUGACCUAUUUGAUGACAUUUUUGGUAACAAACCUCGCCUGCUUUCUCCUGAAGAUCGGAUCAGCACCCAAUUUCCGACCGUCGUUUCACUACUUCAACUGGAAAACAGCAGCGACAGGUGCCCUGGUCUGUGGGGCAAGCAUGUUCUUUGUGGACGGGAUAUACGCCACAGGCUGUGUUGUGAUACUGAUGAUGCUAUUCCUGCUGAUUCACUAUACUUCGCCACCCAAACCCUGGGGUGAUGUGAGCCAAAGCUUGAUUUACCACCAGGUUCGCAAGUAUCUGCUUCGGCUUCGUCAGGAGCACGUAAAGUUCUGGCGGCCUCAGAUCUUACUGUUUGUAAACGACCUCGACGAGCAGUCUAAGAUGGUCUCAUUCUGUAACUCCCUGAAGAAAGGAGGGCUGUUUGUGCUUGGUCAUGUUCUUGUAACAGAUGACUUUUCUGCUGCAGUGCCAGAAGCUCGACGCAAGCAAACUGCAUGGACCAAGUUUGUUGAAAGCUCCAGAGUCAAGGCAUUUGUAAACAUCACAGUCUCCCCUACUGCUGAAUGGGGCGUCCGAAAUGUCGCUUUGAGCGCAGGGCUGGGAGGAAUGAGACCCAACAUAGUCAUCAUCGAUCAAUUCCGCAAAGGCCAGUCGUUGGUUGAGAAAUUUCAGCCUCCGAGCCGGAAGGACUCGGGGGGCCGGCGCAUCUCCCGUGAGUUGAUACCUGCGAUCCCCGAAGAUGGACCGCAAGAACCGCCUAUGAGGCAUCAAAGCUACGUGACAAUUCUGGAGGAUCUUCUUUUCAAACUUCGGAGCAAUGUCGCUGUGGCAAAGGGAUUUGAAAACCUUGAGCUGCCUGGCCCGCACGGGCAGCAUCGGAAGAAAUACAUCGACUUGUGGCCUAUCCAAAUGAGCGCCGAGCUGGGUGCCGACAACGAGAGCAAGAAGAAUGUUCUGACUACCAACUUCGAUACGUAUACUCUCAUUCUGCAGCUAGGGUGCAUUCUCAACACAGUCCCGUCAUGGAAAAAGACGUACAAGCUCCGAGUGGCUGUCUUUGUCGAAUAUGAAACCGACAUUGAGGAUGAGAGGGGGAGAGUCGAGGCGCUACUUGAGAAGCUAAGGAUUGAGGCGGAGGUGUUGGUGUUCUGGCUCGCCUGCGGCGACCUCAAAGCGUACCGCAUCAUCGUCAAUGGUGAUAGAUCCCCAGAGACUCAGGACUAUGAAGCUCGAGUUCGCCAAGCUUUACAGGAUGAGGAAUGGUGGCAGGAAAUUCAAAAAGCGCGGAGUGCGCAUGAAGCCGAAUACCAAGCUGAAUGGGGGGCGCCCAAAGAAAGAGUGUCCAGUUGGCCCUCCGAAAGCGUGCAGAAGGCGCCGAAUCAGUUGGCUGGCGGACUGAAGAAGUUCAUAGAAUCUUCCAAGCGACGGCGAUCGAUCUCUAGCUUCAAGGGACUUGGGAGCGUGAGCCUUGGUAUGCAAACCCACCGUCUGCUUGAUGCUUUUGUCGACUACGACAGUGAUACUAGCAUGAGCACGAGCGAAACCAGUGAUGAAGAAUUCCCACCUUAUCAAGAUGAGGAGGGAGAUGAAGACAUUGACAAGGAUGCCGGGCACAAAACCCCGAGUCUUCAGCCGGAUCCAGCCGGUCCCUCGAAGGCGAAGCAGAGGCCUUCAGAGGAAGCUGCCCAUGAGCAAUUGAUCCCAUCUAUCAUCAUGACUGGCGACGACGGGUCGCCGAAGAGCAAGCCGGAUGUCGCUCGGCCGAAGGUCUCUCGCUCACCGUCCAGCAGCCGGUUCAGCUCGUCGCCAAUCCCCGAAGCUCGCGUCAAUACGGACGAAAGCGCCGGUCCUUCGAUCAUGUUCGCCCCCAGUGCAUCUCCCCCACGCACUUCAAACAGACUAGAUUCCAUCUAUACACACCGCUCGUCUCCAGGUCCGUCUACCGCGCAGUCGGCAUCUGGGUACCCGCGGCAGGCGUCGGUUCCCGUGUCGUUCAACGAUCUCCCUAGUCGGGCACAACACCUGAUUCUGAACGAAUUGAUGAACCAGCACAGCAGCGAUACUGCAGUGCUCUUCACAACACUGCCGUCGCCAUCCGAAGGCACCGCGCAGAGUGAGGCAGCCAGUGCAUCUUACUUGAGUGACCUGGAGAUCUUCUGGCAGGGAUUGCCACCAUGUCUACUGGUUCACAGCAACAGCAUGACGGUGACGAUGAACCUGUAGCAAUAGAAAGCUAGAGCAUAUACACUUAGACAUAUGUACGAUGGCGUCGCAGCUUGCACAUGUCGCUCACGACCUGCAUAUAUUAUGCUAUUCACAUUGUACUCGACGAUGUAAUCAUACGAUGAUGACAAUGAAAGUGCG